UGGCGCCCCCCGGGCCGCCGCCCGGCGCGGGGGCCAUGGCGUUCACCUUCGCCGCGUUCUGCUACAUGCUCACCCUGGUGCUGUGCGCCUCUCUCAUCUUCUUUGUCAUCUGGCACCACGUCCCAUCUCGUCCGAUCCCCAUGUGUGAAUCUUAUGCCACAGAAGAAUGCGUGGGGGGCCAUAAGCUGCUGCCCCAACCCUGACGGGCACACGCCCCUCCCCCAGAUCAUAGCCUUUGACGAGCUGCGGACCGACUUCAAGAACCCCAUCGACCAGGGGAACCCAGCGCGGGCACGCGAGCGUUUAAAAAACAUCGAACGCAUCUGCUGCCUCCUGAGGAAGCUGGUGGUCCCAGAAUACUCCAUCCACGGCCUCUUCUGUCUGAUGUUUCUGUGUGCAGCAGAGUGGGUGACCCUGGGCCUCAACAUCCCCCUCCUCUUCUACCACCUCUGGAGGUACUUCCACCGUCCUGCGGAUGGCUCUGAGGUCAUGUAUGACGCGGUCUCCAUCAUGAAUGCUGACAUCCUCAACUACUGCCAGAAGGAGUCCUGGUGCAAACUCGCCUUCUACCUGCUCUCCUUCUUCUAUUACCUGUACAGUAUGGUUUAUACGUUGGUGAGUUUCUAAGGGGGAAGCCGGCCAGGGAGCGAGCCCAGAACGGACCGGACGCCUGUGCACCCCCAGCCCUGCCCCUGGGCCGCAGAGGCCUCAGCCCUGGGGAGGGAGGGGGCACUGGUGCCCCCAGCCUCCUCUCCCCCACCCCCAAACUGCUGCUGCGGGGACUUCCCGCCUUCAGAGCCCCCUCCCCUUGGACUAGGGCUGGGCAGAGCUCUAAAUAGGGGCAGGAGCUCCUCUGCCAGCCUGUGGGCAUGGCAGUCAGUCCUGGAAGGGGCGGGACCUCCGGCCUUGUCCACUUCAGAGGGCAUUUAGGCCCUGCCACGGGGCAGGGCUUGACCCUGGAAGUUCUGGGCCGCCCCCUCCACCACCACCCCCACCCUGGGGCUCCCCCUGCAGGUGGGGCGGUACCCACACCGGGAAUGAGCAGGCUCAGCAGGGGGGCAGCCCCACCCCUAGUCUGCCCUCCCCCCUCCCCCAGGCUUUCUCUCCAGACCCCUCCCUGUCCCCCCUUGCCCCAACCCCAGCCACCCUGUCUCUUGGACCUAUUUUCUAUGUUGCCUGGAGGAGUCCGGCACCCCCUCCCCGGCCGUUUGUGACAAAAUAUGAAUAAACUACUGCAAACA